UAAUAUAUGGUUCCUCCUGUCAUAAUUUAUGCAGAUUGCGUACGAUGAAUUUGAUAAUGAUGACAACCAUGGUGAACACACAGACGAUCAAAAUGAUGAGAACCAUGGUGAACACACAGACAGUCUAAAUACUAGUGAGGCACAAUUUGACACGCAGCUUGAGUACGACUAUUACGGUGAAUCUGACUUGGACACGGGCCAUACUGAUGAUGUGGAAGGUGCAUCAGUUCCUGAGGAUUCUGUUGACAUGAGCCAGGCGACGCCAAGCGCUAGUCAGCCUGAGAAAACACAGAAAGGUAGCAAUGGCAAUGAAUAUCCUGAUAAUAAUCGGGAUUUAUACUGGAUGAUAAAAGAGAUGACUUUUAUUUCUGAAGCAGCAGCAUUUUCUUUCUACAACAGAUAUGCUAAAGAUUAUGGGUUCAGCGUCCGGCUGGACCAGGUUAAGCGGUUUGAUGAUGGAGUAAUUCGGCUAAGGUGUUUUGUGUGUUCCAGAGAAGGCAGACGUCCCAAAAAGCAACUGACCACGGAAGGCCGCGUAUAUAGGCUCAGACCUGAGUCUCGCUGCGGCUGCAAGGCACGUUUGGUGGUGAAGUUUGAUGGAAGAACUGGUUUCUGGGUUGUUGAAGAUUUUCGAGACAAACAUAACCAUGACCCAGCUGAACCAUGUCAGACUCCGUUUCUUCGGUCCCAUAGGACGAUCAACGACGCGCAGAGAUCUGAGAUAUUAUCACUGGGAUCCAUGGGGGUCAGGAAGCACCUCAUUAUGAGGAAAUUCAUUGCAGGCUCCGGUUCAUUUGCCGGUGUUGGACUCACAAGAAAGGAUUUGUACAACAUGUGCUCUAGGGAGAGGAGGAGGCUGCUUUUCGACGGUGACGCUACCACAGCCAUCAGCAUUAUGGCAAAGAGGAAAAAGAGGGACCCUGAAUUUUUCUAUGAAUAUGACGUUGAUGACAAAGGCCGUCUGAAGCACAUGUUCUGGUGUGAUUCCCAGUCACGUAGGGAUUACCAGGACUACGGAGAUGUGCUGGUGUCACAUACAAGAUGA